AUGAAGCACUGAGACCAUCAGUGUGACUACAGUGACGUGUCUUAGUUUAAUUUUGUUCAGUAUAGAGAAAACUGACUAAUCUUUGCUUUGACAGGAAGUUUUGAAGAGGAAGACAGUGUGAGGCAGAGAGAAAGAUGUCUGACGUCCCACAGAUUGAACUCUUCGUUAAGGCCAGUUCUGAUGCUGAGGGUGUGGGGAAUUGUCCCUUUUCUCAGAGACUCUUCAUGAUUCUGUGGUUGAAAGGGAUCAGCUUUAAAAUCACCACCGUGGACAUGACAAGGGCCCCUCCUGUGCUGAAGGCUUUGGCUCCAGGCUCUCAGCCACCAUUCCUCAUCUACAACGAAGAAGUCAAAACAGACACAAACAAGAUUGAGGAGUUUCUUGAGAAGACCUUAGCCCCACCACUGUAUCCAGUGUUGGGCUGUCGAUACAAGGAGUCCAAUGGUGCUGGAGAAGACAUCUUUCGAAAAUUCUCAGCAUACAUUAAAAAUCCCAAUCCUGCCUUAAAUGACACGCUUGAGAAGAAAUUUCUUUACACUCUUGUACAGCUGAACCAUUACCUGGAGACACCUCUCCCUUAUGAGCUGGACCAGAAUCCAAAUGCUGACUUGUCCUCACGUCUCUUCUUGGACAGUGACAGCCUCUCCUUGGCAGACUGCAACCUGCUUCCCAAACUCAAUAUUGUCAAAGUGGUGUGUAAAUAUUACCGCAACUUUGACAUCCCUAAACAGUUGAAAGGUCUCACACGUUACCUGGAAAAUGCCUACAAGAGAGAUGAGUUCCGUUUCACCUGCCCACCAGACUCUGAGAUCAUCAAUGCUUACAGCUGCAUGGCAGUGUAUCUGAACAAAAACCUCAAGAGGUAGAGAUGAAGCAGCUAAAGAGGAACCAUAUCAGAAACACUGCCAUCCAAAGAGGAAAAGGGGACAAGAUGCCUGACAGCUGUAUAUAAAUUAUGAUGUAUUUGUGUCAAAAUACCACAAUUCUGGAAGAUACAUUUUUUGACAUAUCCACUUAGUAGCUUUACAUUUAAUUUAAUAUUUUCAUUAAUUGGGUUCUAGUGUUUGUGCUACUUCAUAGUUGCUCGAAAGUGAUGUUUGUGUUAGUGUAUACUGUUUUUUUUUUUUUGCUCUGGUUGACCUAAGUUGGAUUUCUUUUAAAGCCCCUGUGAGAGAGAUGGAAAGCACUGUUAAUCCAAGAAAAUAUUUAUGUUUUACCUUCUUUUGCGUAAAUGUAAUGCUGAUUACACUUUACACUGUGCAAAUCUUUUUGGCGUGUUUGGGCUAAAAAAUUGAGGCUAAAGUAAGGAGUAGAUGUGGUGAGUAAGCCCAUCAGAGGGAACCACCAGGCAGGAGGGAGGAUUGACACAACCCCAGCGAUGCUCUGGAUGUCCUUGCAUAUUCCCAGGGGUAUGGGAAAAUAAUCUGGAAAAAAAUAGCAAAGACCAAAUCUUUAGGGCAGAGUAAAAGUGGAUUUGGUGUGGCUGUCCAAAAGGGCUGAAAACUGCCGAAGGUCUUCUGGUGUCUGGAAAGGUCCAGACAAAAGAAAUUUCUAGCUGGACCUUGGCUGCCUCCCCACUCCGUUACAGCCCUAGGCCCUGAUGGCCCCAAAUUAUAUAGUGCCCUACUUACCUAAAACUUACAAACAGCACUGUAUUUCUUUAAACUUAUACAGAAAUGAAUUUAAUGUCUGAAAAAAUGAUGUUUUAAAUGUAAAAAAAAGUAAAAAUAAAUGGUAUUGACUGUAGAUAGUCCGUCCUUUUUUAUUACUGCACGUAUAGUAAUACAACUUUUUUUUUUUAAAUCUUUGAUAUGUACCUUUUAAUUUAACAGAGUAUGUCCAGGGUGAAGAACAUUAAAAACAUAUAUUUUGAUAUUGUCAAUGUUAAUGGCCAUGAUAAAUAAAGUACA